AUGGCCGACAACACCCUCUACCUCUACACCUCCCUCACAGCGGGCUCCUCGCAUAUCGUCACCGCUACCGCCCGUCUCGAAACCAUCCUUAAAGCCAACAAGCUCCCCUUCCGCGCAAUCGACGUCGCGACCGACGAUGCAUCCCGCAAGCUCUGGGGUCGUCGUUCGCGCGGUCGCAAGUUACCGGGUCUCGUCAAGGCGGGGAUGAUCGUUGGUGAUCUAGAACAAAUCGAAGAAUGGAACGAGUACGGUGAGCUGAGGAUGCAGGUUAAUAACGUCGAAGCGUUGGAUAGUUUCCCGACCGACACGCCUGCAUCUCUAACUGGUAGUUCGACGACGACCCCUUCCGCGUCGGAUCCCAAUGCACCCCCGAAACAGAGCACCAUUAAGAUCCAGUCUCCGCCGUCGAAGGAGCAUACAAAAGAUGAUUCGAUUACCGUAGCCAUGCGCCAGGCUAGCGAGGAGGCUGCGUCGAAGGCGAAGGACAACAAAUCCGGGGCUGGACCCACGGACACCACUACUAGUGCUACUGUACCUACAUCUAACGCAACAGCUGCACCCGCAGCUGGCACUGGGGAAAAGAAAGCCCCCGGCGAAGAAACUGUACGUCGGAAAUCGAUCAUUGGCGAGAUCGCAGGAGAGAUCCAGCGGCCACGCCUUGUGCCUGAGAAUGCUGCGGUUUCGUCUGCCAACCUGCAUGCUGAUAAUCCUGCAGCUUUAAGGGAACACCAUCGUGGCUCGAUCGUAUCGGCGACGUCCAAAGAGGAACGGGAUCAGGUGGCGCAGGAUCUGAGGAAGUCGAUUUCGGGGGGUCACCAGGAUAUGCUUGAUGCAUUGAGACAGGAUCAUAAGGACCAUAAUGGGGAACAGAAGCCGACAUUUGAGACAAUUGAGCAAGAUCCGUUUGAGGAUUAG